ACGUGAACACUCACUGUGUGUGUCGCAACAACAUAAAAUCAAGAUGGCGCCCCAAGUAACAUCAGUCGUACUUGUUUCUUUUUUACUUUCAUUGUCCUCUUUGACAAAAGGAGUUCUUCUACAAUUCAAUUCGGCAAAUAUUUUGCUCAACUUGACAACAGCUGCCGAACACAAUGAAAGUACACAACAUUCACAGAUUAGCUUGAACUUUACUUUCGUCGCCAACCAGAGUUAUAUUAAUGACAUUCCAGUGGCGUCGAAUGUUACUAGACUACCCUGCCAAGCUUUACUUUUGGAUAGCAGUAAUAGCAGCACCACGAAUGUGUCGGGUCUUCACACAUCUUGUGUGAUGCGGGUCCUAGUGGACCAGCUGCAUCUGAGGAGUGAUGAUGGGGAAGAUGUAUUGGUUUUGGUGCUCAAUGAGGAAGUCAUCGAGUUGGACGGGAAAGGGGUUCAACAGCAAGAUGUAUGUGAAGUAAAACUAAUUGUAAAUGAAAACGUUGAGUCCGCCACACAGUUCACCAACACAUACCCAAUGUCCAAGAACAAACUGUUCUGGAUGCCAAGAGAAGAUGAUGUUGUCAUGACAGAUCCUUCCAUUCCUAAGAAAGUAGAGGACCAGGUUGUCCUGCACACCACCAGCCAUUACCCCUUUAAGCAUGCUGAGACCACCCAGGAGGAGACCGCAGCCCCAGGCAAACUUCCAGAGACCCCACUGCGUAUGGACCCAGACCUGCUGUAUGACAGUGAGGAGAAGGAGGCCAUAUCAGACUACCUGCUGCCAGAGUCACCUCUCAGAGCCUCCAUGUCCUCAUAUAAUGCCAUGUGUGAGUGGGUGGAACAGUUGCGGGAGCGUCUGCGGCGCUUCUGGGCCGAGUCUCUGCCAAUCUUCUUUUUGGUCAUGUGGGUGGUUGUGGUGGGUGUGGUGGGCUCGGCUGUGAUCGUGCACGUGCUGGACCUGAUCUUCCCCACCUGCGAGCACCCGGGGGUGUUCCAUCUGAAUCCUGCCACACUGAUGCCCGAGGAUGAGAAGUGCACCCUGUUGGAGAACAUCGAAUUAGUGCCCGAAGAGGAGGAGGAGGAGGAGGAGGGGGCCCAAGAGAAGCAGCAAGUAUAGUGGCAGCUAUAAGUGUGCCUGAGAAGCCAGGUGGCAUUCGAUUGGUAAGCCAGCGUUUCCCAAUUCUGAUAGCCGGAACCCACAGCGCUGCAGGGUUUUUGGUGUCUCUGAGCACUAACACUCUUGACACGACUCAAAGAAAUCAAGACAAUACUAAUUCCGUGGAUUCGCUGAAUCAGGUGUAUCCACUGAAUCAAAACUGUAACAGUUGACUUAAUUAUACAAGGCUUGGAGUUCAUUGGGGGGCGGCAACAGGAUUGGAAAAACGCUGAGCUAAGGGAAACCAAUGACUGUUGUAGCACUUUAAAAAAAAAACAUGUAUAGAUCAACAUUUUCCUAAUUUAUUUUGUUACCAGAAUUAUGGUCCUUCGUCAAGACACAAGUUAGAAUUAUAUUAAAACACACAAAAUGAACCAUUUAAAACACUUUGUAAAUUCGACAUGUGAUGAGGAGGAGGGGCUGUAUUCGAUGAUUGUUACUUCUCCGGGCCUAUGUCAAGAUCAGUGUUGUUUAUAUGGUCACAGGUGAUAAAUCAGGAUGGAAUACGGUGCUCUCAUUAAAAGGAGUCACAUCUUUGCAAUUUAGCCAUGGAAUGCUAUUUGGCAGCUAAAUUAAACAAUCUGGUUCCCCACUUCUAACUGGAAAUAUUUAUGUUUUGUAACAUGCAAUGCUGAUUUCCCAGUUCUUAAUAAUUAUUGUGUGAUGAGGCUCAUGAUGGUAUCAGAAGUAACAGUAAUGAGAUGUAUGCAUGUCUGCUUCAAAUUCACGAGCAGCAUUUAGUAUGGUGAUGCUAGUGAUCACCAAGGUCAUAUUUCAGCUGUAAAUUAUAAAAUGGCUCUGUUUAGUUCAUAAGUUAAAGCUAUGAAUCAUCUUGAUUCCAAAAACCUGCACUGUGUGAGGUGAAAGGAAAUUUGAUAUGUGAGGGAUUGUUAAAUAUUUGUUUCUUUUCAAUGCUAAAGCUUAAAUAUAAGGGGGUCUCACUCUGACUACUCUUGUGUGGGUUCAUUAGUCUGCCGCGUUUUUAAAUUAUUAUUAUUAUUUUAUUGUCUGUUACGUACUGGGUAUGUUUUAAAACAUUUCGAUGGCUGUACAUUUACAAAGAUGAUGUUCUAUUUAUGCAAGUCAUGAGUUAUCGCAGUAGUUGCAUCUCGCUGGUGUAUGACCAACAGCUAUCACAUGGAGCACUCGCACAGUGCAAGCAGUCCAUCCACCAAUGAUGUACAGAAGACUCCAGGUUAUGUCAGGUUGUGUGCGCUCAUGCAGGGCCAGGCCAAAUCCUGGCAUCAGUGUUUACAUAUUAGAUUGAGCUGUGAAUCUAAUUUGAAAUGGAUUUCAAACAGUGCUGCUCAAUAUUGUGCAAAAUCCAGUGGCAUUCAUAGCAGCCGAUUUCCUGAACGGAACCCCUCAAGGAUGUACUGGGUAAAGAUGCUCAACUCACAACCAUAAGCAGAUUGAUUCAUUAGUGCUUCUAUGGUGCCUUGAUUACUUUACCCAUAAUGUGUUUGUGUAUGCCAUGAAAGCAUGUUAGCAUGUUUUUGGUGUUCUUCACCUAAAGGUCAAUGACACUUGACAACCUUGAACUCUGUACAAUAAAAUUGCUAUUGUUUACCAAAAUACCAUUA